UUCUGGGUUUUCUGUUUCCUUUUGUUUGCUUUUCUAGCUUAGCUUUCAUACUCAUACUGGUUCUGGUUCUGUCAAGUAUACUUCCGACACGCAAAGCGCGAAUUACGGUGUACUCUCACCUCGCUAUAUAGCGCAUUACACCUACAAUUGAUUCCGUUCAACAUUCAACAAGAUGCCUGGGAUCAUCUAUCCCAAUGUUUACCAGCCUAGCACUCACCAGGCCAAUCCUCCCAAGAGCAAUACUCGCAACAUAACUCUCCAAUCAGGCCUUCUCCGCCUCCCAACAGAACUCCGUCUCAGAAUCUACGAAUAUGCUCUAUCCGUCCCUAACGAAUACAGCAAUGAACGUCCUAUGAUCGUGGUCAACGACCGAGGCAACGCAUUUACCUCCCGCGGCCGCUACCGUGCCCUGCAAAUGUGUCCAAGCUGGGAAAACGACGACGGCACGACCCGCAAGCUCCUCCGUGUCAACCGUCUCAUCCACGACGAGGCAGAGGAUUUCCUUUACUCGCACAACACGCUUUUCUUCCGUAAUUCGUUUGAUCUGGACCGGAUGGGUGCCUUUCUCGAUACGCUUAGCGCUACUGCGCGCAGUCGCAUUCGCAGUGUCGGGUUUGAGGUGUACUUCUUUGUACAUUCGCAGACGGGCGUGCCUAAGCGAACUCUGAAACAGUACGAGCAAGCGGGUCGUUUAUUGCAGGAGAAGUUACCGCGAUGGUCGACUGUGCUGUUUUAUCUUGAUCCACGGUUUUAUUACCCGUCUGCGACGGUUGGUGGACGGGAGCUUUCUGCUCGGGGGGUUCUGUAUCUGGCAACGAGAUUCGGGGCCAUGCGCAAGGAGGUGCAUUUCUUCCCCGUGCCGGGUAUCCAUCGGCAUGUCAUGGACGAAGCGCAGAGGUUGCUGCGACGGGGGAGUCGUGGGUCUCAGGAAAGGCCUUCACUGUGAUCUUCAUCUCUCCGAUCUUCUCACAUUCUUGAUGCGAUCAUUCAACUGAAAGUCACUCGCCACACGGAGAAAAAACUGUAUGACGUCGCGAGAAACGAUCCGAUCGCGCAGUUAAUCGCUAUCAAUCAUUCCACUCCAUCCUGUCGUUUUCUGUCGUUUUCUGUCGUUUUCGGCGCCAAAUGCAUGCUAUAUCGGAGUAUUGGUGGAAAUGGGCAUUAAUGGCGUUUUGUUUUCUGUUUGCAUUUCUGCAUUGUUGGCGUUUAUGCUUUCUUCA